CCCCAAACUUUUCAACAACCAUCAUUAUUGUUGAGUUAUUAUUAGAAAAAAUAAAUAAGAAAAUUUCCAUUGUAUAACAUGAGCUGGUGGUGGUCUGGAGCUAUUGGUGCUGCCAAGAAAAAAAUUGAUGAAGAUGAAAAUUUUCAAAGUGUCGCUCUAAUCAUCGGAGUCACUGGCAUCGUCGGUAAUAGUCUCGCCGAGAUCCUCCCUUGUGCCGAUACUCCUGGCGGUCCUUGGAAGGUCUACGGCGUUGCACGCCGCCCUAGACCACCGUGGAAUGUCAACGAUCCGAUUGAGUAUAUCCAAUGUGACAUAUCGGAUCGAGAAGAAACCCAAUCUAGACUCACUCUUCUCACUGAUAUCACUCACGUUUUCUAUGUUACUUGGGCGAAUCGGCCAACAGAGGUUGAAAACUGUGAAAUCAAUGGAAAAAUGUUACAAAAUGUGCUCGAUGCGAUUAUCCCCAAUUGCCCCAAUUUGUGUCAUAUCUGUUUGCAAACGGGUCUAAAACACUAUCAUGGUUCAUUUGAAUUGUUUGGAAAAAUAGCACAUGAUACCCCAUAUCACGAGGGUUUGCCCCGUUUACCCGUACCCAAUUUCUAUUACACCCUGGAGGAUAUCUUGUUCGAGGAGGUGAAGAAAAAAGAAGGAUUAACAUGGUCAAUUCAUAGACCUGGGUUGAUUUUUGGAUUUUCACCGUAUAGUAUGAUGAACAUUAUUGGAACUCUUUGUGUUUAUGCAGCUAUAUGUAAACACGAGGGGUUGCCGUUGAGAUUUCCAGGCUCUAAAUGUGGGUGGGAUGGUUAUUCGAUUUGUUCAGAUGCAGAUUUAAUUGCGGAGCAGCAUAUAUGGGCAUCAGUGGAUCCAAACGCGAAGAAUGAGGCGUUUAAUAUAAGCAAUGGGGAUGUGUUCCACUGGAAGCAUUUGUGGAAAGUUUUAGGUGAGGAGUUUGAAGUGGAAAUUGAAGAAUUUGAUGAAAAUAAGAGAUGGAGACUUGAGGAGAUGAUGAAGGAUAAAGGAAAAAUUUGGGAUGAGAUUGUGGAGGAGAAUGGAUUGGUAAAAAGUAAAUUGGAGGAGAUUGGAGGUUGGUGGUUUGUUGAUCUUGUUCUCAAUGAAGAGUGUCCAUUGGAUACUAUGAAUAAGAGCAAGGAACAUGGUUUUUUGGGUUUUAGAAACUCCAAAAAUGCCUUCAUUUCAUGGAUUUAUAAGAUCAAAGCUUCCAAAAUUGUUCCUUAGUAAGUCACAUCCCUCAUGUUGGUUUCACUAUGGUCAUCCAAUCUUGUUUGGAUGGUUAUUAGUACUAUAUUGUUUGUUUAAAUAUUAUGUUUAGUUUGAUUGUUACUUAAAUACAGUUAUACAAUCGUGAACAAACGUUUUAUAACCAAGUUUAAGUGUUUCGA